GUUCACGGAGAGUAAAAACUUAGUGAGCUGUAAAAAUAAAAAAAAAUGCAAAUUCAGUUCUCCGACAGUUAAAGACAGACAAUUUCAAAAAAUUAAGGCUAUAUAAAAUUAAAUGUGUAAUAAUGCGGCUUAUAAAUUUGAAUGUUAAAGCAUCCAAGUAAUUUGGCAUCACAAUGAAAUGAAUGCUAUAGUAUUCACAUCCGCGAACGUGUUAUGAAAAUUUCGUAUUAGGUUAUGUCAUAAAUUAGUUAAAAGAAAAUCUGAUUUCGAGAAAAUAUUGUUUAAUAUCGAUUUAAAUGAUUGAAAGUUGAUAUUGAUAAAAUUUAUAUUUCAGAAUGUCAAUGGAAGAGGGUUUUGCAACAAAAGCUAUACAUGCUGGACAAGAUCCAUUACAAUGGAGUCACUCUGCAGUGGUAGCUCCUAUUGUUACGUCUUCAACUUUCCAACAAGAUGGACCUGGAGAACAUAGAGGUUAUGAUUAUAGUAGAAGUGGCAAUCCUACAAGGAAUGUUUUAGAAACAUGUUUAGCAGCUUUAGAAAAUGGAAAACAUGGAUUUGUAUUUGCAUCUGGUUUAGGUGCUACAGUAGUAAUAAAUUCAUUAUUAAAAACAGGAGAUCAUAUUAUAUCUGGAGAUGACAUUUAUGGUGGAACUAACCGUCUUUUUAGAAACUAUUUGUCUCAACAUAGUAUUGACUUAUCAUUUGUAAAUACAGUUAACAUAAAUGAUAUCAUAUCUGCUAUUAAACCAAAUACAAAGAUGCUUUGGUUAGAGACGCCUACAAAUCCUUUACUUAAGAUAAUUGAUAUCAAGGCUGUAUGCGAAACAGUCAAAACCAAAUAUCCUGAAAUUAUUAUAGUGGUAGAUAAUACUUUCUUAACUUGCUACUAUCAGAGACCAUUAGAAUUAGGUGCAGAUAUUGUAGCUUAUUCUUUAACGAAAUAUAUGAAUGGGCAUUCAGAUGUUAUUUCUGGUGCAGCAAUAACAAGGAAUGAUGAGAUUGCAGCCAAACUUCGAUUUUUUCAAAAUGCUUUGGGUAUUGUGCCAUCACCUUUUGACUGCUAUUUAGUUAAUCGUAGUUUAAAAACAUUGGAACUUAGGAUGCAACAACACAUGAAAAAUGGAUUAGCAGUUGCAAAAUUUUUAGAAUCACAUCCUUAUGUGGAGAAAGUAAUUCACCCAUAUCUUCCAUCACAUCCACAGCAUGAACUCGCCCUUAGACAAACAUCUGGUCAUAGUGGAAUGGUUUCAUUUUACCUUAAAGGUGACUCUAGGAAAUUUUUAAAAGCAUUGAAAGUGUUUAUAUUAGCUGAAUCGCUUGGCGGAUAUGAAUCUCUUGCUGAGUUACCAUCUGUUAUGACACAUGCAUCACUUCUUGAAGAAACAAGAGCAGAAUUGGGUAUAACUGAUCAAUUAAUUCGUUUAUCUGUUGGCCUUGAAACGGAACGUGAUAUUUUGGCUGACCUUGAUCAAGCCCUCACAGUUUGUCAAGAAACUGAUUAAAAAAUAAUGAAACUUGCAUUGAUACAGGAACUUCAUGCAAAUUCAAAUGAUAAAUUAUUAAUUUUUAUAUUACUAUAUACUAUAUACUAUUAUAUUACACUAUAUAUUAUAAUACUCAUUGUCGCUGAAAAUUAAGAAAAUCUUAAGCUAAUUGCCGCGAAUUUCUAACCUUAAAACAGGGACAAAAAUUAGAACAUUUGUUUUGAAAUAUUAGUCUUGUAACGAUCUAUUGUUUGGAAGUUAUUAUAUUUGAAAAGACGUGAAUUUACAUUAACGGCAACUAGGAAUAAAAUUUUAAAGAACUUGAAUUUUCGUCAGCGGCCGUGAAUACGUCAAGGCGGACGAUCACUAAUGCACACUACGCAGUCACACGCAAUAGACCCGUUACCCGUUGCCCGCGCAGGCAAGUGACUGAACAGUCCUAAUAUAUAAUGGCAUAAAAUAUUAUAUUUUUCAUGUAGUUCCUUUGUACACAAAUAAUUGAUUUUCUUCAUGUUAUUUAUAUCCAAUGUACUUUCAUGAUUUGGAUCUUAUAUAAAAAAUGUUUGAAUGUAUGAAACUCUACAAAUAUUUGUUAUCAAACUAUUAAAAUAAUUCAAUAGUUAAAACAAGUAAAUGUCAUUUCAUGUCAAACAAAAUACUUUUUGGACCCAGUUUAUGCGAAUUUGUCAGUUGUGAAAUCUACGUGAAGUUAUCACUUUUUUAAAUAGCUUAAUGAAAAAAAUGUGAAAAAAUAUAUUUAGAAAUUUGAACUCGUUGAAUCCCGGAUAGCUUCAUAUGCUUGACUAUCGGCGCCAGAGUUUUUAUUGAACGAAAUACACAUAGUGAUAAAAUAUGUCAGAUUAUUUAACUGAAUCAUCGUUUUAUGUUAUAUUAUUAAUAAUAUUGAAAAGUUUAGUUAAUGGAACUGCUGUAAUUGACAUGGUCACCGAUCGGCCUUACUGGUAAGUCAAGUACUUGUCAUUAGCGAUCCUUGUGGCAUAUAAUGUGUAAAAAUGUCCUCUACAAUAUAUGUAACCAUAAAAGCUAAUUGCUAAAUUAGUUGCAGAAGUUGUUAAUUAAUAACAGUAUUGAACUUCAUUUAAUUUCAUGUGGACUGCAUGAAACAUGAUCUGCUUAAUACAAGAAUGUCUCAUAAAGUACUUUUAUUAAAUCAAAUAAUUUAUUUGUAAUUAAAUUUCGUUAUAUAAUUAAAAUAAUUUGAAUAGAUAUGUAUAUAUUAUGCAAUAUUUUCAUUUUAUUUUUACAUAGUAUUUAAUGUUUAACAUAAUUCCUUAUGACCUUGUUAAUUUGUACCGUCGUAUAUCUUCAAUUAAAACUUUCAGUGUUAUAAAAUGCAUUUAGAAUGCAAAAUAUAUUUCUGCUUUUGUAUUUUUGCAAUGAAUAAAGUACAGCGUAAUAAAACUUAA